AUGGGUGGCCAAGCCUUCGCAUCGCAUGCUUCUCCCCUCCCCACACCUCGCAUGCCACCAGCAGUUUACGACCAUGUCUUGAAACAAACACUACACGCUCUUCGCGAACAUUAUACUCAAGUGGAGAGUCCUAUUGAGGCCCCUGGGAAGACAACACAUGGGGAUGUCGAUGUUCUCGUGACUGGCGCGCUGAAGGAUUAUGAUCCGGAGAAGAGACCAUGGAUUGAAGUUGCGGACAAGCUUGGGGAAGUGCUAGGUGCUGUGUCGGUGAUUAAGAAUCAUGGACAGUCAGUUGUCAACCUUGCCGUCCCAUGGCCUCAGAUUGUCCUGCCUUCUAUAGAACAUUCUCCCAAAUCCGCGGAACCGGAGGAAGUGAAAUAUGUUCAAAUCGAUAUCCAUUAUAUUCACUCCCUCCAACGCUUUCAGUGGGAGCUUUUCCAUAGUGCUCACGGAGACCUGUGGAACAUCCUUGGCUCUACCAUCCGACGAUUCGGUCUUACAGUCAAUGAUCGUGGCCUCUACCUACGAAUCCCAGAUAUCGAGCUUCUGGACCGCAAAAAAAGCAUGGUCUUCCUCACAAAGAAGCCAUCGGAAGUCUUGAACUUCAUAGGUAUAGAUGAGAAGAGGUGGUGGAAGCCAUUUUCUUCUCAAUCCGAAAUGUUCAACUACGCUGCAGGAUGUAAGUUGUUCUGGGUUCGAGAGAAGGAUGCGGAAGAGGAGGAGCAUGAUGUUGUUGGGGACCUCCCAGCUGAGGGACAGGAAGGGGGUGAGGCGGGCAAGAAGAAGUUGAAGCAUAAUGACCGGCAACGAAUGGCGAAACGGCCAAUCUUUAAUGACUGGAUCACUGUUUUCAUUCCAAAAUGUCGAGAAGAGGCAAGUAAGCACUUUGGAUAUCUCAGCAACAGUUCAUGGCUCCUACAAUACUGUCUCAAUUUCCGUGGAAUAUCAUACGAAGAAAAGCUCGCCUCCUGGAAGCUCCUCCGCCACAAAGACGAAAUCUUGCGCGAAGUCAUCAAAGGCUCCAUCCCCGUCGAAGACGUCGACCGGCAACUCCGAGCCGCGUCCAUCCGAAUCAUCAAAGCCGUCGUCUUGGAAGGACAAGAAUUCCAAGGCGUGAUACCUGAAGCGGUCAAGCAGGAUGAGCGUGGGUUCUAUGAUGUAGCGGCUGUGAAGGCGUUUGUGCAGGCUAAUUGGGAGGAGGCGGGACGAGUGGGGUUGGAGAGACUGUUGGUUAAGUCGAGGUUGGCGAUGGAGGAGAAGGAGGCGAAGAGGAAGAGGGAGGUGGGAGAGGUGGAGGUGGAAGAGGUGGAGGUGGAGGUGGGAGGUGGCUGA